AUGUCCGACAUUACGAUGGCGACAGCUUCAGGUAUUCAGCCAACCCCCACCCCCCAAGCGGCCGGCGCGGCCGGCGUCGCUCCCGACGGCGCCGCCGAACAACCUGCUCCGGACGCCAACGAUGAGAACCCAGGCCCCGAGGCCGAGGACGCCGGGCCCGGUGGUGCCGCCGGCGAAGACGCCCAUCCCCAGGAGGAUCCAGUCCUCGCUGCUAUCCGAAGACUGGUGGCCGCGUUUGAGUCGGUCGCAAUGGAGUCCUCGAGCCAGGCGGCCUUGGUCCAGCAGCGGCACAUCGCCUAUAAUGUUGCCAUGCGCAACGUUCUUGCUCUCCUCCACCGCGUCGUCCAUGCCGCCGGCGGCAUCGACGCCGCGGAAAUCGCCAUACGCGAGAUCGCGCGAGGUGUGGAAAUAGCGGUAGGAGCAGGCGUCGCCGCAAUACGUCAUGAUAUCUUCGCCGCAAGCGCGCAAGCUCAGCACGAGCACUCAGAGCUCGUCGCCUACCUGCGCUUCAUCUUCAUUCAACUGGGGAUUCUGAGGGAGCCCGACGAGGUGCCGCAGCCCGCACAGGGGCAGCAGCCCGCACAGGUGCAGCAGCCCGCACAGGUGCAGCAGUUCGCACAGGUGCAGCAGUAG